AUGGCGCCUGUGUUGCUUGGUGCAUCGUCAGACGAAUUGUGUCCAUUUUUUUCGCUCGCGGGCGAGGUUGCCUCACUUGCCGGUGGGGCAGACUGGGUUGGUGACCGCGUUGAUGCCGAGGAUGCUUCCGACGUGGGGCUCGAAAUAGGAGAAGAAACUAUCGAGGAUGUCGAGGCCACGGUCUCUGAUGUAGGUUCGGAAGAUGACGUUUUGGACGAAGUAGACGGCUCAGGGGUAACUGUGACGCUAGGAACGGCUACGAUUGUAGGUUCCUUCAGCAGCGUUUCCACAGUGGCUUUUGCACCGCAGGCGAUGUACGAGAAGCCCCCUUCAAAACUCCCGGCGAGAAUCACAGUAGAGCAGAACUGUGUCUCGGCACUAUGA